UUGCACGUGUCAGUCGAGCAGUAAAGACCGCAGGGAUGGUCAGGGUAACGUGUUGUCUGCUGCUCAUUGCAGCUUUAGCCGCAGCCAUGCCAUCAGAUGAUCGGCCGAGCGACUCUAAGGAGAAGGUGGUGCUUGAGGGACGCGAGGAUUUAACAAGGGAGACCUUCGACAACGGCUUCACGGAUAUCUUCUCCAGAAAUCUCCCCACCAAAGAGUUCAUGGGAGACUUUGCAAGAAGAUAUAAACGACAAGUUGGGGUCACAUCAGCCAUCGACAAUAUACUGAGCAGUCCUUACGGGGCUUCCCAUGCCACCAACCACCUCCAGGCUCUUCUCCUCCGCAACGUCAACGUCCGGCCCCCCAGACAGUCUGCGGAAUCCUCACGCCCCACUUCACCCCAAUCCUCACCAUCCUUCUCCGAGGCUUUCUCUCCACCUUCUGGAACCUCUUCCCCUCAGAGAUUCCAGUCCCAGUCUUUUCGUCCCCAACGGCACACCGCUCCUAGUUCUCUCUCCCAUGCUCAACCUCAUCCACUGAAUAGACCUCCUAACUUUCAGGUGAUUCAUAAACCUCUCAUUCAACUCUCUCCUGCCCCACCAUCAUUUUCUCAACCUCCACCACAGUCUUCAUCCUCACCAUCCUUUUCUCAUCCUCCACCACAGUCUUCAUCCUCGCCAUCCUUCUCUCAUCCUCCACCACAGUCUUCAUCCUCGCCAUCCUUCUCUCAUCCUCCACCACAGUCUUCAUCCUCGCCAUCCUUCUCUCAUCUUCCACCACAGUCUUCAUCCUUCUCCCGUCCUCCACCACAGUUUUCACCCUCGCCAUCCUUCUCUCAUCCUCCACCACAGUCUUCAUCCUCGCCAUCCUUCUCUCGUCCUCCACCACAGUCUUCAUCCUUGCCAUCCUUCUCUCGUCCUCCACCACAGUCUUCAUCCUUCUCCCGUCCUCCACCACAGUCUUCAUCCUUCUCCCGUCCUCCACCACAAUCCUCAACCUUUUCACAUCCUCCACCACAGUCUUCAUUCUCACCAUCUUUCUCCCAUUCUCUGCCACAGUUUUCAUCCUCGCCAUCCUUCUCUCGUCCGCCGCCACAGUCCUCACACCAGUCUCCUUCUGGUCGUGAAAGACCCAUCCCAACCCAGGAGCCCUUUUCUUCCACCUCUUUCACAGGACAACAGUUCAGUUCCAAGUUCACAGACCUCGACCCCUUCUUUGAGUCUGCAAGACUGACAAGAAAAAGGCGCGAUGUGACGGCCAGGCAGGACGUGUCAACUCGGCUCACCGAGAUCAUAGAUACUCCAUGGGAAGAUGCUGAAGAAGCCAGGGAGGACAGCUUGGGCUUCAUGAGAGGCAAGCCAGACAAUUUCCCUGGGUUUCACACCAUUGGGGGCUUUGGCCCUAUGGGCGAGUUAGAGAAGGGUAAUGUUGCUGGUACCUUCAUGGAGGAGUUCAAAAUUCCCUCGGUGGCCAUUCCUGUUAUCCAAGAGAACCAGCCACAGUUCUCGCCACAUCGGUUUUCCCAGCAGGUUAGUCUGCGUGAGGAAGAGGGUCCUCAGCCUCAACAGCAACAGCCUCUGCCACAACAACCCCAUCACCCACAGGCUUCUGGAUUCCAGCAGUUCUCACCAUCUCUAUCUCAGAACGAUGAGGAUGGAUUCAGACUAGUAUUUUCAAAUGAUGCUGUUUCUCACCUUGACACAAGCUCCCUCCCUCCCUCCCCACCACAUUCACAGCCACCCUCACACAAUGUCCUCCCCAUCACUGCUGAUCACAGGCCUGUCCGCCCUUCAGCAACUCUCGGGGGAAAGCCAAAGAAAACUAAUAGAAACCCCUUCAGCAGUUUCCUUGACCCCAUCCGUGGUCUAGUGCAGCCAUCUCGACAGCGCUUCAGUUCCCGUAAACAGACCCUAGACAAUGAGAACCCACAUAAUGAAAACCAGCAUGGAGUGUAUGAUGAAUCUAAGAUAAGCAAGACUCGGGUCCGAAGGAGAGCAGGGGAACCUGACACCAGUGAUCCAGCCAACAUUCCACAUAAACGAGUUCAUCGAGUCCAGGUCGAUUCUCAGGUCCCACAUAGUCGGAACCCAAGAGAAUUCCAGACUGUCCAUGAUAGUGAAACUGCAUACUCUGAAGUCCCACUGCAGUUUGAGCCUUUCCCAAGUUUUAACUACCCUGAUUUCCAAGCACAAAGAACAUCCCCUUUAGCAGGCAGAGGUACACAUUUUGGAGAAAGAAGUUUACUCCCAGUUCAAUAUUCCAAGGACUUCAGAGUUGAAGCAGACAAGGUGCAAGUACACACCCCUGAUGAUGAUAUAAUCAUACCUGAUGGCCAGAGGUUUUAUCCUACAUUCAAUGGUCGCCAUGGUCCUCCUCUACCAGCAUCCCAGCAGUUAUUCUUUCCUUCACCACCUAUACUCCCUAGAGCUCCUGGGCCCAGAGGUGGGAGGCUCCUGCCUCGUGGUCCAGCAUUUCGAGAGAGCCCUAGUCAGAGGGAGCAGUCAUCAUUUAGGGAUUUCCACAAUUCUUUUCACAGUCCAGGUGGACGAGAGGCUAUCCAUAAACCAGAAUUUUCGUUUCCCUCAAGCCGUCACCCCUUCCACCGUGAACACGAGCAAGGAAACUUUGACAACUCCUUACUUGGCUCUGGUAACUUUGAAAUUCUGCGAGGUGGUACUUUUUAUGAUGACGAUGAUCCCAAUGGAUACCAUCACGAGUAUGACCAUUUAUUAGAUGAUGGUUACAUUGUCUUUCCUGAUCCCCAUAGUGCCUCACAUUCCAAUAAUUAUGUGGAUGAUUUUUUCUCCAACUUCAGAGAUUUUUCAGAAUUUGCUGUUCGAAAAUCUGAAGAGGGAGAAUCAACGUUCCUGGGUGAUGGCACAUAUUUUGGUCGUGGUUAUGCUUCUGAGCAGGUUAAUAAGGUUGUUGGUCCUGAAUUGGCCCCUUCUAGUGUCUUGGCUAAAGACAGUGUCCUUAAAAUUAAUCAAGAGGAUACUGAUAUGAAAACUGGCAGACUAAACGACCCUGCAGCAAAUGAGAGCAAAACCAGCAGAAAUGACAAUGAAAGACACCAACAUAGACAACCUAAAAAUAUCCAAGAAGUUUUGGAAGAUAUAGACCCUCGGCCGAGCGAGUAUGCAUCGUCCUUCUUGACAGUCAAUGAAAAAGAUCCUAUGAUAGCAAUGUUUUAAUAUUAAGUUAUACUCCAAAUCACCUUAACCCACCCGAUUAAUACAUAUUCGUAUAUAUACUUGGUCAAUGUGCUAGUCUGUUUUGUGUCAAGAGUUACAUAAGAAUAUUGUUCGUGAAACAUUGUUCCGCCACAAACAGAUGUUUUAUGGUUUCAAACCCACAAAUGUUGCCUGUGUUUUUGAAAGUUUUUGGAAUGAUGUGGUUCACAUUACCUUAUGUCUGUGGUUACAGAACUUUGGGUAGUUAAUGCAUCACCCAUGUAGGAGGUUUGCUGUUUAGUAACGAAGUUUCUUUGAGCUUUUAGCAAUACGUACCUCAUGUUAAAGGCACUGAUCUCUAUAUUUUCUUACCAAUGUAUACUUUGUUGUAGCUUCUUUAUAGAUAUAUAGUUUUAUUUGUCUGAUAAACUGUUAAUUCAUCUGAGCAUCUAGAGCUGGCCUUUACAUGCUUAUGUUUUUUUCUGUGCCUCAUUAUGAGAAUCUUAAAAAUCAUAACAAUUGUGAAAACAUUUGAGUGCAGUAUUUUUUUUAUUAAUUUCUGUGUGCUGGGCGCAUGGUUUGUUAUGACCAACAUUACAAGGUAGGUAACUCAAAUUUCUGUUCUUUGUGAUUGGCUUCAGUUUCAUUGGGUGUUCAUAAAGUCCCAUUCUGAUUUCAAAACAUGUUUGCACGUAAUUUAAGUUAUUGAAAUGCAGUGUUUUGCAUUUGGUUAGGUGAAAAACAAAACUUAGUUACUUUCAAAUACAAAUAUCUGCAUUUAAAAAUCUUAUACCAUUUGCAUAUAAUAAAUGUUUGAAAUCAGAAUGUGACUAUGGACACCUAUUUAAUUCCUCAUACAGGAUGACAUUUGUUAUUUAGAACAGAAAGCAAGGAGUCAAGACAGGCAUGUUGACUUGAGAUGACUUCCCCCCCUAACCCCCCCCAAAGGGCACUCGGUGGUAAAAUUUGUUUUCAUGCCACUGUCCUUUCAUUUUUUUUGCUGACUGUUUCCACAUGUAUAUAAACAUUUUACCAAUAAAGUAUUUAGUGAUGUGAAA